AUGACCGAAACAUUCGCCUCAGCUCUCAAAACCCUACGAGACACCCUUCGAAAUCCCAAUUCCCUCUCACCUGAUGAUCUGGCAUUCCAACUUUCCUCCACCCUCCAGUCCCUCCAUAUCCAUCCUACUUCAAUAGUACCGGAUCUUAUAUCCUCAGAAGAUCUUAGGUCAAUUACGAGGUAUUUACCUUCCGUACAGGAUCUACUGCUCAACCAAAUCGUGCCCACUUUCUACGAUACUCUUAAUUCCCAAGACCGACAAAAUCUAAAAUCAUUCUUCGUACCUGCCAAAGUCCCCGAUGGACUCCAGAUACGUAGAAAUAUAGCCCUAUGCUCGUAUACUACUCUACCGACUUACUUCAAUACACCUAAACCAGGACAAAAUGCUCUAAUCAAGCCUGCUCGGAAGUUCCUGCUUGAUAUACUUGGAGAGCUGGUAAGCAUAUAUAGUAUAGAUGAUUUGUAUCACGCGAUUUAUAGUCAGGAUAGUAAAGGAAAGUCAAAAGAAGAUGCCACGAAGAGUUUACAAUGGGAAGAAGCUAUAAGGUCGUGCGUGGGUUUACCUGCAAAAGUGGGUAAUGCAGUUGGUGGAUGGAAGGCAGAGGGUGGAUUGGUGGAUGUACAAAAGGCAUUGGAAGCCAGACUGGAUUUCCAUCGAUUGAUUGUCAAGCUAGAAUGUCUUAUGUAUGAGCUUUCGCAGGGUAGCGGGUCUGCAGACACCACACCUUUACGGCUUGUACUCGAGAAGCUAUGUGCGAUUGGGCUACUUUCUUCAUCACCGUCAUCCGGGGACUCGAGGACUCCGUCAUUGUUCCCAUCACUUUUACCUCCUCUAUUACAACAUCUACACCCCCCUUUGACAUCAUCCCUACGACCCUAUCCUGCGGAAUACCUCCCACCGAUAUUCCUCCAGCUACCUUCCUCGACUCUGGCAUCUUUCGUCGAUUCGCUAAUCACGCACCUUGCGUUUAAUCUGAUACCACCCUCAUCCCCUUUGGAGCCAGAUAAACCAGACAAUCGCAUCAAGCGCUCUUUAGAGGUAUUGACCGGUGUUAUAGGAUCUCCGAAACUUGGCGAAGAAGCUUGGGACGCUGUUCUUCGUACUGUGCUAAGUGGAAAGAGCAGUCUGAAACUGAGUGAUCAAAGUGACCAAGCUAGGAAUAGACUGAUAGUCGGAUGGAUCGCCAAGAGUGGUGAAGAUGGGAUCAAAUCAUUUAUCGGAAGUAUCAUAGAAGCUUGGACAGAUCCUAAAUACGUCAAGUUCACUUUAUACAGCCAGCAAUUCAAUUUAACGCAUAUACUCAUUCUUGCCUUGUCACUUCUUCCACCUCUAUCUCCAUGGCUCGUUGCCCUUUCCCAUCGGUCCAAACUUAUCAUGGCAUUCCAAUCGUAUCUGUCGCAUCCUGACGCUGCGAUACGUCGACUGGGGAUGUUAGUAGCUGAGAUCAUAAGUCAACUGACUAUCCCAGAGGACAAUCCUGUAAAAUCUGAGAUCCAGGUGGAUGAAGAGAUUGAGGACCUACGAAAAGGUCUAGAAGAUGUUGGUACUGAUGGGAUGCCCAAGAUGAAUCAGAAGAAACCCGCGGGCGGCAUGAAGAGAUUGAAGUUUACAGGGAUCUGGGAUGGUAAUGGCGAAGGUCGAGAGGAGUGUAGGUGGCUAAGAAGGAUCAUUGGGAUUAGAGAUGAACGAGCGGUCAUUGACGAGACUGAGACUGGGGAAGAGUGGCUCUUAGGAUGGAAAGAGCAAGAUGAAGAUGUGGGAAGUACGCGAGCAACAUCACCAGUAUCUCUACCAACUGAACCAAAACAACCUAAACGCGGUAGAACUACCGCGCCAAACCAGCCCAAAGCAUCGUCAAAGUCGAAACCCAAAAUCGUGAUGCUCGAUCCUGACCAGCUUGACGAUCCCAUGGAAGGAUAUGCCUCUUCUUCCCCCUCUUCAUCGAGAUCACCUUCACCUACACCCUCAUACCUCGAAGAAGUAGCUGCGGACCCAUCGCUGGCCAUCGAUGCUACACAGAAGAAGAAGGUGACCAGACCUGUAUACAUACCACAGUUGGUGGCUUUGCUGAAGGAGAGGGAUAAACCUGAAAGUAUCGAGAUGGGGUUGAGAUUUGGAGAAGGGUUGAUCCGAGCGAAAAGGGAAUUCGGAACGGAGUUAGCUGAAAAUGCUGUUGCUGUCACGCUGAUGACACUGGGACUGAACGAUCCGUUCAACCUUGAGGGAUUUGAUGAGAAGCGUCAGGGGCUAAUGAACGCUCUGGUUGCAUGUUCACCCAAAGAAGUGGCACCGUUCCUCGUCGAACAAUAUUUCAGUACUCAAUAUUCGCUUCAACAGAAAUCUGCGAUCCUCACCGCAUUAGCGAUGGGAGCCAGGGAAUCAGCUGGACUAACCGUGCCUACCCCGCCAACAACCAGGAAGAUUGACUUCCCAUCGAAAACUCUACCACCAUCAUUACACAAGAAAUACCUUACUAUCGCUGAUAUUCCACCUUCUCGAAGGGAUACUAUUGAAAAUGGUCAGUUGGAAGAGACGAUGGAUGUAAUGAGGAACAAAUUAUUAUCCAAGGGAGCUAAGAAGGGGGAUGAGGUUCCUGAAAUAGCUAGAGAGAGGAGACUGAAAGUUGGAAACGGGAAAAAAACUUUAGUAGCUGAAUUGGGAACAUUGAAAGACUCGCAAAUGAUCUCUGCUACGGCUCAAAGUACGACUGUUUCGAAACCGGUUAUAGCAUACAAGGCCAUUGCUGGAGAAUACUUUGUCAUGCCUUUGAUUAACAGGUUUUGGCAGUAUUAUAAAGAUACUUCACUGAGGGAAACGCGCGGUGGGAGUGGGGGAUACAAAGGUACAGGUACAGGUAUGAUCAUGAGUCCUAUAGGAUUAGAGAAAUUCUUGAUUACUUCGAGUGUACUCUUACAUGCCUCGAGGCAUUCGCCUGUAUUCUUGGCUGUCUUAGCUCCAGAAGCGUUGGAGUUGGCUUUAACACUUGGAAUAAGAUUUACCUCGACCAGCAGAAUGACUGGUAAUGAUGAUGAUACGAAUCUGGAAGGAAGUGAUUCACUGGUCGUGGGAUCAAGUUUAGAACUUUGUUUGGUGGUUUUGGAUACAUCGUACGAUUUAGAUGGUGGAAGAUCCCUCAUGAUGGAACGAUCGGAUUUAGUGAUGGGAGUAGGCGAAUGGGCGACAACGAUCUUCCAAAAUGAACUUGAGGGGAAUCAAGUGAGCGGUGGACAAGGUGGUAAAUCUGAGGGAAGGAUAAAGGCCAAUGCGGCUGCUGUGGUUUUGAAAGUUGGAGAGGUGGGUGAGAAAUGGGGUGGAAUGGGAAUGAGAUUCUGA